AUGCACAUAUUCAUCUUCCUUCAUCUACUCCUACUCCAAAUCCUCCCGAUCCAAUCGUAUACAACCUCGAAGGUAAUCCAUGCAACAGAUGCCACAUUCCCCACCAUAAUCCGCGAGCCAGGCAAAUUCACCUUUGUAGAUUUCUACGCGGACUGGUGCCGACACUGCAAGAAAUUGCAUCCGAUCGUCGAUGAACUCGCCGAGUUAUUUGCUGAUCACCCCGAGAUCCAAGUAGUCAAGAUCAACGGCGACGUGGAGGGAAAGAAGAUGAGUCGCAAGUAUGUUGAGAUUGGAUACCCUACGCUUUUAUUGUUUGAUAAUGAUGCUGGCACCAAAGUGGAGUUCAAUGGCGCGCGGGACUUGAUGGGCUUUGCUAAUUUCAUCCAGCAGUUGAGUGGCGUGAGAUUGAGUCAAGGUGCAGGUGCAACCGGGGCUAACACUAACACUGACGCUGACGCUGUUGAUGCUGUUGGUGGUGGUGUUGAGGGACUGGGGGAAGAUGCAGCAGUUGUGGAAUUGACCCCCGGGACCUUCGAUGAUGUAGUCAAGGCUGCGCCAUACGCGGUGGUUUCAAUUGGUGCUACGUGGUGUCCGCACUGCGAAGAGUUCAAAUCGAGUCUUGACGAGUUGGCCGCGGUGACUUUUGCUCGCGACUCGCUGCGCGUGGUGUUUGCCCGGUACGUGGCUGAUUUGCACCAAGAUGGAAACAGAUAUAUUCUCGACAAGUUUCAAAUUAAGGCGUAUCCGGCAUUAUUCUUUUUCAAGCAAGGUGACGUGGCUAAUCCUACCGAGUUUACUGGAAACAAGAAGAAAUACGACCAAGUUGUCAAUGCCAUCAACAUGUACUGCGGUUUACAGAGAGACGCUAGUGGGGAUUUGAAGGAUGGCGCAGGGGUGAUCCCCGAAGUCAGUCAGUUGUUUGUACCUGGCAUGGACGCAAGACAAGUGUUGAUGAGCUUGGAAAACCUCGAAGGAGAGGAAAUGCGGUUCUACAAAUCCAUAUUGGAAAGUUUAGUCACUGGUGGUGGUGGCAAGUAUGUUGAGAUUGAGCUGCAUCGGAUCCGCCAUGUCUUGGAUCACGAUUUGGAUAAAUUGCAAGGGGUCCACAUCGACUCGCUUAAAAAGAGACGGAACAUCUUGCAACUGUUGAAUUUUUACUUGAAGAAGCAUUCGAAAUUAGAUAUAUAG